AUGUCUCUUAAUGAUUAAGAAGAUUAAUUCUAAAAUGUAAACAAUUUAGAAUUGGAUUAAGAUUAAGCAGAGGAAAUUUAAGUAUAUAAAUAAUUGUUGCCUGACACAAUCCCAAAAAAAGUAGUUGAUUAAUUUAUUUAAAUCAUUGAAUCACACUAAUUUAAGUAGAUUUCUGCUAACGAUAUGAUUAAUAUUAAAUUGGAAUCAGAAGACAUUAUGUCAUUAUAUGUAGAGUUAGUCAUUUUAAAAAAUUAUUUAACAAAGUACGACUUAGAUGAAUAUGAAGACAUUGGAAUGAAUUUUUUAAAUGCAGUACUACUUAUUCCAAGAUUGAUUCAUAUAAUCAAAACUACUGAGAUUCCAUUAAUUUAAUAUGAUGUUCUUUGGAUUCUUGGUAAUAUAGCUACAUUCUAAUCGUUUGAUCGGUUAAUUAUUUAAAAUGAUGGUAUUGAUAUUAUUCUACAAUAAUUGAAUUCAACUUAUCAAUAAAUUUAAUUAUAAGCAAGUUGGACCUUAGGUAACAUAGCAACUGUUGGAGAAUUAGAAUAAGUUUGCAGAGAUUAGGUCAGAUAGAAAGGAGGGGUUGAGCAAAUACUUAAAUUACUUUCUAAAUUGAAUGAUCCUAAAAAUAUUGAAUAGUGUUUUUGGUGUCUUAACAAUAUCUGUGCAGAUGGAAUAACUUAUCUAAAAGAAGAGACUGUUAAAAAUUUAAUUUUGUAGUUGUGUAAUUUCAUAAACAAUUAUGAUGAUGAAAUUAUAAUUCAAUCUUGUUUAGAAGUGUUAAGUGAAAUAAUACCAUCUACUUAUGAAAACAACCUUCUUAUUGUACAAAGCAACAUAGUCCCUAAAUUAUUAAGAUUAGUUGUUAAUUAAUAAAGAAAAACCAGUGUUAAAUCUUUUGAGUUCCUUUGUGAUCUUUUUGAGAGCGGUGGUUAAGUGUGUGAUCAUAUUUUAUCAUAGAAAUUUUUAGAUGUGGCUGAAAAACUAUUGAAAAAUGAAAAUUGUAGAAUUAAAAGAAUGAAUGUUAAUAUUUUUUUUUUACUUUAUUUUAGGUUUUAACUUGCUGUCUUUCGCUUUGUAAAGGAACUGAGAAACAGUAUAAAUAAUUAAUAGAAAAUUAAAUCAUCUUUUAAGAAAUUUUUCGAUAGGUGUAGCUGAAAAAUAAUGAUUUUAUCAAGUCUUUUGUGAAUUUAGCACUUUCAAAAGAUAGAGAUGUUAUUUUGGUUCUUGUUAACAAUCAAAUCAUAUCAAAUUUCAUUAAGUUGUUUGAAUAAUUGCAUGAUAAUGAAUUGCUUGAAGAAAUGUUAAGAGGGUUAAUCAAUAUUUUUUCAGGUAUUAAGUAUUGAUUACAAUUAGUGGUCAAAUCCAAUAUAUUAGAACUAAAUGUAAAGUAGUUAAUAAAUGAUUCUGAAUUGAAUUAAAUUAAUUAAUUAUUUUAGUUCCAUAAAGUUUAAUCACUAAGAGUUUGUGCUCAAAAUAUAAUUUAAUAUUUAGAAUGA